CGUGUAUCAAAACUGUCAUCUUAUCUGAAACUGUGUCAAAGUUGUUCUGUCUGGUGUUGAAAUUUUGAAGAGACUGAGGAGUUCAUAGUUUCCGAGUCACUGAGUUAGUGGAUCCUUCUAAAUUUAUUAUGACGCUGAAUUGUCGUCUGAUAACAUACUCAUCAGAUAUUAUAGAUGGAGAGCCAAUCUAUGUUUCUUCGAAUUGCCUUCCUAUCAAGGCUGCUAACUUUGAACCUGCGGGACAUGCAUUCCAUUCUGCUGUACUCAACCUUCUUGGUUUUGGCGAAGAAGGAGAUACAGAUGCUGUUGAUCAGAAUGAUUCGACUGACAAGAGACGAGAUUAUAUUCCAUCACCUGAUUCGUAUAGCAGCAAAGGUAAAAAGAAAUCUGGCGAAGGCAAGCAACAAGACCAUUAUGCCUUCUUGGGUUUGGGGCAUCUACGUUUCCUGGCCACUGAGGAACAGAUUAAAAGAAGUUACAGGGAGGCUGCCUUAAAGCAUCAUCCUGACAAGCUAGCUUCUCUUCUUCUUGCGGAGGAAACUGAAGCUGCAAAGCAAGCAAAGAAAGAAGAGAUAGAGAAUCAUUUCAAAGCCAUCCAGGAAGCUUAUGAGAUCCUCAUCGAUCCUGUGAAGAGAAGGAUAUAUGACUCCACUGAUGAGUGUGAUGAUGAAAUUCCCACAGACUGUGCACCAUGGGACUUCUUUAAAGUGUUCGGUCCAGCUUUCAUGAGAAAUGGGCGGUGGUCCGUUAACCAACCAGUACCAUCGUUGGGUGAAGAGAAUAAUCCAGUGGAAGAAGUUGAUCGUUUCUACAAUUUUUGGUACAACUUUAGGAGUUGGAGAGAGUUCCCACAAUCAGAUGAUUUUGAUCUUGAGCAAGCUGAGUCUCGUGACCAUAAGAGGUGGAUGGAGAGGCAGAAUUCAAAACUUAGAGAGAAAGCAAGGAAAGAAGAAUAUGUACGAAUACGUGCGCUUGUUGACAAUGCUUAUAAAAGGGACCCUCGAAUUCUGAAGAGAAAGGAAGAAGAGAAGGCAGAGAAGCAAAGGAAGAAGGAGGCCAGGUUCCUUGCUAGGAAGAUGCAAGAGGAAGAAGCUGCUAGGGUUGCUGAAGAGGAGAAACGCAAGAAAGAGGAGGAAGACAGAAUGGCUGCUGAAGCUGCUUUGAAUCAAAAGAAAGUCAAGGAAAAAGAAAAGAAGCUCUUACGCAAAGAGCGAACUCGUUUACGGACACUCUCCGGAUCUGUUUCAUCUCAACGUUUGCUUGAUCUUACGGAGGAUGAUGUGGAGAGUAUUUGUAUGUCAUUUGAGACCGAGCAGUUAAGGAGUCUAUGUGAUAAUAUUGAACACAAAGAGGGGAUUGAGCGUGCACAACUUAUAAAAGAUGCAUUGGGAGGGAAUAGAAAUUCUGAGGGGCCAAAACAAGCUGAAAAGAAUGCUCAACAGAAUGGUUCAGUAGAAGUUAAUAAAAAUGUGGCUGGUGUCCAGGUAAAGGAUGCGAAUCCUUUAAGCGGCUACGAAAAAAAGGAAAAACCUUGGGGCAGAGAGGAGAUUGAGCUAUUGAGGAAAGGAAUGCAGAAAUACGCCAAAGGAACUUCUCGUAGGUGGGAGGUCAUUUCAGAAUACCUUGGUACUGGAAGAUCAGUAGAAGAGAUUCUUAAGGCAACAAAAACUGUUCUUCUUCAGAAGCCCGACUCUUCCAAAGCUUUUGAUUCAUUCCUUGAGAAGAGAAAACCGGCACCAACCAUUGCAUCCCCACUUACCACGAGACAGGAAUCAGCAGAGACAAUUACCCCAGCAGAUCUUCCCGAGAAAAAUGUUCCUGAGAUAGUUAAUCCUAAGAAGCCUUUGAGUAGUGAUGUUGGGGUCAUGGUGAACGGCACUUCUUCAAGUACCGAACAACAAGAUGAGUGGUCUGCUGUUCAAGAAAGGGCACUAAUUCAGGCUUUAAAAACCUUCCCAAAGGAAGCCAACCAGCGUUGGGAACGAGUUGCAACUGCAGUUCCGGGGAAGACAGUGAUUCAGUGCAAGAAGAAGUUUGCUAUGUUGAGGGAGAGCUUUAGAAGCAAGAAAAAUGCAGAAUAAUUGGAUUUGUUCUUAAAACACAGUGAAGUUGCAUCGCAGUUGAAAAGAAGUUUAUUGUUUGGUAUCUGGAGGAAGAGUUUCUUUCAUUUUGAAGAUGAAAUUAGCUUAAGCUACAUGGUGUCCACAGAGUAUUUUUCUCAGCAUCGGAUUUUAUAAGUUACACCAUACAAGUUAUAUCGAACUCAGAUUAUUGAAAGAUGGAGUUCUUCAUAUGGAAUAGCCUAGUAGAGAUUCAUCACUCAAUCUAAAGGUCUAAUCUUUUAUGAAAAAUCAUUCCAUUCUUUCUUGUGAGAUCAUUCUAUUUGAAUCUACCAUAUUUGAGGUUGUUAUGUGUUGAGCGAAGGGAGAUGAUAAAAGUUUUAGUUAAAGAUUGACUUGUAGAAUUAACUGAACUACCUGUUAUAGAAAGUUCCAGAUCUCUUAUAACAGAAAUCCUUCCAAAUUUUAGACAUUAUUAUUAUUUGUGUUUAAUAUUCGUUUAUUUGUGUGGCC